ACAGGUUCAUGCAUACUUUACAGACUAAAUUGAGAUGGUCCACAUUUGCGCGAAAAUAUGACUUUUCAGUAGAAAUUUGUGUAGAAAAAAUUGAGGUAAUCAUGAAUUCGCGGACUACCGAUCGCCGCGAAUAUCGCGAAAAUUUGAAGCCCGCGAAUAUUUCUACACUGACAGUAUUGCACGUUUAAUGUUAAAUUUAUCACUAGCUGUAUUAUAUUACUAUUGACAUCGUACAUCCCGUCAUCCGAUAUAAAAAAAAUAUUUCAGCAUAGACUUUAAGUUGUAGGAUAAAAAGAAAACAGGAAAAAUGCUGACUGAAACAGUGAAAGCACUGCGACAUCGAUAUAUUUUACCUAUAGGUAUCCUUUUUCUCUUGGUUGCUGUUGGCAGGAUUAUUUUUGGUACUGUUUGGUUAUUUGACACACAUCACCAGCACAGGGACAAUUAUACAAUUAUCUCAACACUGCAGACAGUAACAGUUGCCGAUUGGACUUUAUUUACAUUUUACUUGUGUUUUGUAUUCCUGAAAUUCCUACGAGAAUAUUGUUACUGUCCAUGUGGCAUUUUGCAAGAAGAAAUUGUGAAACCACUUCGAAGUACCGAAAUGCUAUUCAUAGGUGGGAUCUGUAUGCUGGCUGCUGUCGGCAGGAUCACUUUUGGAAUAUUAAUAAUCUGUGGUUUAUUUGACCAGUUACCAUUCAAGGAUAAUGGUCGAUACAUCACUGCAUUUGUACUUGUUAAGGGAGUAACCGGAGUGUUAUUUUGGUCUUGGUUAUUGCAUCGAUACAUCCACAAGAAGGAAGAAAAGCAUCUGAGUACAUUCACGCUGUUAUUGUCAAUUUUUAACUUCAUCUGGAUGAUCAUAGGCACAGCAUUGGUGUUUGAUGUAUCGCAUCUGCAGAGAGAGCAUUUUUCUGUGAAAUCAGUUCUGCAAGUAAUAACAAUUGUAGACUGGGCUUUAUUUGGAUUUUAUGUUUGCUUUGUAUUCAUGCAAACGUUACGUGCGAUAUGGAAAUACCGUAAUACAGAUCAUUAAUUAGAGGCUCCUGGGGCUCCUGGGGCUCCUGAGGCUUCUGUGUGAGCGUGUGCUUUGAAAGUGUUUUCAGCCAAUCAAAUCAAAAUCUCCACUUACAUGUUUAUUGAGAAUAGUACUUGCCAACAAGGAACAACAGUGUCGCGAAAUGACGGAGUUCAAUAAAGGUUUACUUUACCAAUAUUAAAUGUAAAAUCUUAUUGCUAAGGACAGAUAUAUAUUUCGGCGUCGAUAUUGAAAAGAACCUUGUUUUUUCAUGGGUUGAUUUGAUUGGUAAAUGCGUUUUCUGAAAAAAGUCAACUUGUUAAUACAUGUAUGCAAAUCUAAAAUUAUUCGCGAAAGGUGUCAGAAUUUCAUUGUAGACCUCUGCUAUAAGAGAAUGAGACUGAGAACACUUGAAACGAUAUACUUGUAUAAAUGACAUAUCUAGAUUCUGUAUAAACCUAACAAAAUUUCAUAUUCUAACUAACACAACUUGAUUCAUUUUCCUAUUAAACAAAGAAGGCUGAAAGUUGCGUACUAUUUUAUAACAAUUCACUGCUCUGACGUCACAACUAUUACGUCACAGAGUCAAACGGCAUAGCGGCGAAUUAAAAAAGAAACCAACAAAGACAGGAAAAUCUUUAAUCUUUGACGGACGACGUCAAUGAUGUACUUGUGUUAGAAUCGAAAUAAUAUAUCUCAUGUAGUUAUAUGCCCUUGAAUAAAAUCAGUGUUUGUCGUUCAGAUGCGCAUUAAUAGAUCACUCGGAUUGCGCCCAAGUGAUAUAUAACUCCUUCGCAUCUGAACUCCAAACAAUGAUUUUAUUCAAUGACAAAACACUGGAUGAGAUAUAUUAUUUCUUAAUUAAUCAUCUUUCAAAGAUAUGUACAUUAUUGAUGCGACGGUAGAUAUCUACUUACUCCUAAGAAAACUGAAGGCAUGAUUGGAUCAGAAUCAUACAUUGCAUCAUUUUUUUUAUAUGAAACAAAAUGUUUUAAACUGGUUUAUUGCCCAAGGAAUCCGAUCCGCUUAUAGAUACCAUUUCGAUGCCUGUUGAUCCCAUAUUUUUGGCACUAUUUGAAAAGGUUUUGUCUGUUAAACAAGAAUUAGAAAGUAAGAUGACCAUAAUAAUAAUUUAUGCACGAAUCAUUACAGUAAUGUCUUUUGACGGCGAAAUGAUACGCCUAAACACAGUAAUAACUGGAUUUCUGUUGUAGUAUAAUUGAAAACUAUAGUAAUGAUAUAAAUAUUCUGUAAUAUAUUUUUCUCAUGUAAUUAAAUGUACAUGUAUUUUGUUGUUAUUUUUUUUCAGUAGACAAUACACUUUCUUAUGAUUAUGAUCUCGUGCGCACUACAUCUUGUCUCGAGCGCUCGACAUCUUUUCUCGUGCGCACGACAUCUUAUCUCGAGCACUCGACAUCAUAUCUCGUGCGUACGACAUCUUAUCUUAUCUCGAUCGAUCGACAUCUUAUCUCGAGCUUUCGACAUCUUAUCUCGUGCGCAUGACAUCUUAUCGCGAACGCACGACAUCGUAUCUAUAUAUACGUGAAGGCCCUUUGUGUGCAUUCAGAUCAUCAGUGAAAACAUACGACUGCCACCGUUUUUGAUUUUGUUUUGUUUAUACUUAUAACCGAUUCAAGGUAAUAAUUUAAAUACACAAACUGACUAAUGAAAGGCAGCGAAAAUUCUGUGAUGACGCAAAGGAAUAAAUUCAAGUCCUUGACAUAAUAAAGAUUUGAAUAACAUCUGAAUAGGCGAGACCCUAAUUACCUAUUUGUUCGUAUGUUUCUACUGAUGACCUAAAUACACACAAAGGGCCUUAAUAUAAGAUGUCGUGUGCACGAGAUAAGAUGUCUUGUGCUCGAGAUAAGGUGUAGUGCGCACUAGAUAAGAUGUCAUGCGCACGAUAUAAGAUGUCGAGCACUCGAGAUAAGAUGUAUGUCGUGCGCUCGAGAUAAGAUGUCGUGUGCACGAAAUAAGAUGUCAAUCGCUCGAAAUAAGAUGUCGUGCGCUCGAGAUAAGAAAAAAUUAAAUGCAUGUCCCAAUCAUACCAACGUAAACAUGGACGAUUUCAUAUAUCCUAUUUAUUGAAAGCAAUUCAACUUCUGAACGGUUGUAUUUUCCGUGAAAUUGUGGACUGCUUACUAUCCUAGCUUAAGGCACCGCUAUAUAUAUUUAUUUUCUACUUUCAUUUAUCAACGUGCAUUGUGAAACCAGCAAUUUAUUAGCGUAUCAGAUUUGAUAGUCGUUUUCAAUUAAUCAAGAAAAUACCGAUAUUUUCCAGAUACUAUUUUGAAUUUUAUCUGAUGCAUGUUAAGGACUUUGUUUUUAGGUUCUUUCAAAACCUCUUUGUUAGGAUUUAUUGAAAUACAUUGUUUUAUAUUUUAUCAUGUCUAUAAUUAGUAUAAAUAAAUGUAUUUUUCAUAUUG